AUGACUGCUGCAAUUGGAGAGGCUGGUGAAGGCCCUGGUACUGGCUUAGCAAAAAAGAGAGCGAAGCUGCCUAUGGACUUCUCAACUCAAGCGAUUGUUCUUUUGCUUGCUUUCAAGACUCCAACUUCCACUCAAACUGAACCUGGCAAGGCAGCAGAAAGAGAACCAAGGGAAGCAGAAAUGCCUGGAAUGACCCUAUUCCCGCCUAUGAGACCUAGUUGCUCGUUUCGGCUAUUACCUCCUAAGCUAGUCGCUCGUCUGCGCCUGCACCUACAGCAAAGGGAACUGAAUGGAAGUCCCGAGACGACUGAUCAAGUGACUCAAUCAAUUCUUGAGAGUCAAAGAAGGAAUCACCGGCCGAGGAAAGUGACCGUCGUCCUCUUCGCCUAUCGGUUCAAUAGACAGUUUGACCGUAAGGAGCCGGUUCUUCUUUCAAUGCUUUGUGUGUUCCCCUUACCGGAGAUAGCCACUUCUAACUAA